AGCUUCCUCCAUGUGAAUUUCAUCAAUCGCACUGCAUGUGGUCCAAGGAGCACUGGAAUCUGGAAUGCAUUGAUCAGGGUGCCCUUUGCAGUGGCGUUCCUGCCUGGAUGAAAUGGUGAUGUUGACAGCACGACAGCGUUCCAAGCUGUGAGUCAGCUGGUGCUGCCGUUGUGAGGGAAACCAGCAGCCGCCCUUUGUCAGCAUGCAAUGCCGUAGAGUCUGCGAUGGGGCUGUCCCACCGGAAUGCUGCUCGACCUACUCAAAAUAUUGCUGAAGACAAAAGCUCUGAGACCGUAACCUAUGCUGACAAGCAGAGCCCGAGCAGUGCCCCUGUGGGAGGCCCCCGUCCCAGGCUGCAGAAGAAGUCCUCCUUCAAGGAGUGGCUCCAACGGAAGCGCUCUUUCACCGACCUCUUUGAUUCCGAAGGAUACACUGGCCUGUCCAAGCAAUGGAGUUCUCUCAAAGGGAAGGCUGAGGAAAAGUUCGGGUUUCGGAAAGUGGAGGGAGGGGAGCCAGGCCAGGGCAAUGCGUCCCCCCUGAAAGGACGGGCGGCCCUGCGGAACGUGGUGGUGAAGCAGGACACGUCCCUCUGGACGCACUUCUACGACAGCUACAUCUACCUCCUCCGCCUCCCGGCACACCUGUUCACGUUCUACUGUAUGCUGGCGCCUUUCCUCGUUGCAAUGCCUUUCACACUGGUCUACCUUCUCGACCUUGAAGGAUUUAUCUUCCAAGAGAAGCAGCAGACGGUCUCCCUCCUGGAGCUGUCAGAGGGCCGCGUCCCCAGGCUGGGGCAACAAGGCGUGCUGCUCGAAGUAUACCUGUACAGCCUGUCGCUGUCUACAACGUUCGGGGCCUCCCGUAUUGACGCUCGCUCACCAUUCUGUCUCCUUGUGGCAAAUAUCAACACGCUGGUAGCUCAGCUUAUGUUCGUCUUCUUAAGCGGCGCUGUGUUUCAACGGCUGAGCCAGCCGAGUCAGCCCGUGAGAAUCGCAACGCUGGCGAUCCUUACAGACGACUUCUUCGAGGGGGAAGGGGAGCGCGACAGCUCCGCAGACAAGAAGUACAAGAUUCUGAUGACGCGCCUCGUCCUGACGGGACCUGGUUCGAACCUGAUCGACGCCAAGUUGGACUUGGUGUACCGUCACAUGAUGCAGUUGCCGGGGGGAUCCCCCUUCAUGUCCACGCACUCCCUCAAACUGGUCCGAUCAGAGUCGUCCAGCCUGCGGUACGGCAUGCUCAUUCGCCACGUCAUCAACGAGGAGAGCCCUCUGUUCGGCGCCUGCAGCCAAGAGCAGCUCCUGGCGGAGGACGCCAACUUUCAGCUGACAGUGAUGGCCACGGAACGGUCUUCGAUGCAGCCGGUUUUCGCGGACCAGAUGUUCUUCGUCACGGACGCUGAGGUGAUUUGGGACGCCCACUUUGUGGACAUAAUUAGUUUGUCGAAGGGGAAGCGGGUCAUGGAACACAGUAAGCUGAACGCGUAUAGAAAGGAGGGUAAGGUGUUGUAUCACGUUGGAGGCGAGUAGCAGAGCGCUGCGCUGGCUUCUAUAAUCGGCCCUCAGUGAUGUCCGUCAUGACUCUGUACAUACCGUUGUAUAUUUUCCAGGGGGCACUGCAGCGCGCACUUCUCUGUCUUGAAAGGUCGGUUCAUUUUGGG